AUGCCUCUCACCGGGAUCCAAAUCGUGCUCCUUGCCGACCUGCUCCUCCUGACCUACUCCUGCCUCCCGUACAGCGGUCAAUGGAACAGAAAGAACGACCGCGAAAAGAGUCCCUUAUCAGAUGGAGUCUCCAGCGAGAACCUUCGCACCCACCUCCGACAACUCACCCGAGAACCCCAUGUGGCGGGAACGGAAGAAGAACUCGACACGGCUCGAUACGUUCGUGAUAAGUUCCUCGAAUAUCACUUGGAUUCCGUGAAGAUCGUUCCGUACGACGUCCUCCUCUCGCAUCCUGAUCGAGAAAAGCCGAACAAAGUUUACGUUCUCGACGAAGCAGGAGAUAUCGUUUUCUCGACCCUGGGCUAUCAAAAACCCCUAUAUGCACCCGAGGAGAGCAACCACCGCGUAUUUCCCACUUUCAACGCCUACUCGGCCCCUGGACAACCGAUCGGAGAUCUCGUCUACGUCGGAUACGGACGAAAGGAUGAUUUCGAAUUCCUUCUCUCAGAAGGAAUCUCGGUGAAAGGAAACAUCGUAUUGGCUCGAUACGGUAAGUCCUUUAGAGCCAACAUCGUCAAGUUUGCGAUGGAAUAUGGAGCGAUCGGCGUGAUCUUUUAUUCUGAUCCGAUGGAAUACGCACCCCACGGAGACGCCCUUGUUUAUCCUGACGGCAUAUAUCUCCCAGAUAUGGGAGUUCAAAGUGGAACGGUGAAGUGGACCGAUGGAGAUCCUAUUACUCCCCUCCGACCGAGUGUUCCAGGCACGUACCGAAUUCCAGAAUCAGAAGCAGAGCUACCGAGAAUCCCCGCACAACCGAUCGGGUACCGUGAGGCAAAAAAGCUUUUGGAGAAUCUUGCCGGAGCCGAAGCUCCGUCUCGAUGGCAAGGAGCUCUCAACGUCACUUAUCGACUUGGACCAGGCUUCGUUCGACCGGAUUGGAAAGUAAAGAUGGAAGUUCAUACCGAGAACAGCGUCAAGACGAUACACAACGUCAUCGGAAUGCUCCACGGAUCGGUGGAACCGGAUCGUUACGUGAUUUUGGGGAACCACCGAGAUGCAUGGAUCUUCGGGGCCGUGGAUCCGUCGAGCGGCACGGCAUCGCUGCUCGAAGCCGCACGGCUGUACGGCGAAGCCGCGAAGGCCGGGAAUCCACCUCGACGGACUCUGCUCUUUUGCAGCUGGGGUGCCGAAGAGUACGGUCUCAUCGGGUCCACGGAAUGGGUGGAGGAAUACGCCAAUGCGUUGGCAGAUCGGACCGUCAUAAACCUGAAUGUGGAUGGCUCCAUUUCGGGGAAUAAGACGCUGAAGGCCGCAGGAAGUCCGCUGUCAUUUCAAAGUCUUUAUUCCACAGCGAGGAAAGUAAGAAAUCCGAACCCUGAGGAGGUGAAGGAUGGAAGACCGACCGUCUUCGACACGUGGCUCCACAACGUCCCAUCAGAGAACUCGGAUUUCCCUUUGGUGGAGAACUUGGGCAGCGGGAGUGACUAUGCCCCAUUCAUCCACUUCUUGGGAAUACCUUCCAUCGAUAUCACAUACAAAGGGGGAGAGAAGAACUAUCCUAUGUAUCAUUCUCUCUACGAGACUUUUCACUUGGUCGAUUAUCUCUUGGAUCAAGGUUUUCAUUACAUGAAGGCUGUCACUCAGGUAUAUGUGGAACUCACAGACCUCUACACCAACUCCGUCUUGAUUCCAUUCGAUGUCAGAGACUACGGCAAGUUCCUCCGUCGACAAUCCCAAGACUUCUGGAAGACAUUCGGGAAUCUGCUGGAGAAGCAUAACGUAUCACUGGUUUCGUGGUCGAGUGCCAUCGACAAUUUGACCUCGGCUGCGGAAUUCUUCCACGGAGAGCAUCGAGAGUCCUUGGAUUUGGAUGAGCCAUACCAAGUGAGGCGAUUCAACGACGAAUUGAUGGCAGUCGAACGCGUCUUCAUCAACACGAUGCUCCCCAGCGGGAACCGUCACAUGAUCUACAGACCCAGCAGUUCUGAUUCCUACAAAGGGGAAGUCUUCGGGAAUCUGGUUGACUUGCUGCUGGAGAGUGAUCCCGAUUGGAAUGAGGUGAAGGUUGGAGUCUCCAUCAUUGCUCAAAUGAUCCAGUCUGCAGCGGAUACAUUGAUGGGCUCCAUCAACGUCAGGGGAUUCUGA